AUGUCGGACCUGACCGAGGAGUUUGACCUGCUCCUGAAGCAGCGCGAAGCUCCCCCGACCAGGAAGAGCUUCAGCGUUGAUCAGAUCGAAGAGUUCCUAAAGAAAGCAUACACGAUUAAUGAAAACAUCACCGACCUCCACACCAAGCUCUCCUCCAUACGGCAAGCCUACCUUUCCACCGCCGCGCCUCGCAAGACACAGCUCGCCCGCAAAGGGCAGCCAGCCCCCACGCAGCCGACGCACCUCACCGACCGCGAGCGGGAAGAGAUCGACGCACAGGCGAAGAUCGUGCUGCGCGAGCUCAAUGCCUCGAUCCACGUCCUCACAGCCGAGGAGUCGCGGCGGCAGGCGACCGCCGCCGCCGUGUUGAAGCAGAAGUACGGGCGAGGCAUCGGCGCCGCGCUGGGCGGCUGGGCGGCUGGCGGGCUUGGCGGCACGGGCAAGAGCGCAGAGUACCAGGUGGCCGAGGAGGGCGAGAAGCAGGUCUCGGCGCACCGGGAGAGUGUUAUGUGGUUCUUGCGCCAGCGACUGCAGACGGUGGUCACGCUGCAGCAGGGGAUGAUGGAGACGCGGCUCACGAGGGAGAUGGAGAAGAAUAGGAGCGUGUUGGCGAAGACGAGGCCGCAGGGUCUGCCGGUGGGCUUUGAAGACUUCCCCGAUGGAGGUAUGGCAACAUCACCGCAAAGUGAUAGGAGGACCAGCGGCGGUGCCUGGCAGCAGUCGCGUGGGGCGGCGUUGGAAGAGGAGGACAACCAGAGACGGGCAGGGGAUGAUCUCACGGACGAGCAGCGGCAGAUGUUUGAGCAGGACAAUAGGGACAUGCUGAAGCACUACCAGACUACGCUGGACAAAGUCAGGACGGCAGAGAAAUCUCUCCUGGAAAUCUCAGAGCUACAGGGAAUGCUGGUCAACAAUCUUGCCAUGCAGUCGGCACACAUCGAUCAGCUCGUGGCGGAUUCUCUCAAUACGACGGAGAACGUGGGAGGCGGAAACAAGCAGCUGAAGAAGGCGACGGAACGGUCACGACCGGCGCAAUGGACAUUCUAUGCGGCCAGCGGAUUAUGCGCAACCCUCAUCAUAUGGGAUCUUAUAUUCUAG